AUGUGGUCCCAGCAAGGGGCUUCAGAUGACGGAAUCGCAGCGGGAGCGGGCCCCAUUGAGGGCAGGAUCGGUCCCGAGGAAGAGGAGGAGGUGGUGGAGGAGGAGGAGAAAGGGGAGCAGAGCGAGGACGUGAGCAGCAGCGGCGGCGGCGGCGACGCCGCCACUUUGGCACUGCCUCCACCUCCUGCGUCACCGCUGGUGGCCGGAGGUCCCAGCAAGAGCAAUGGCGAAAGGAUGGAGGAGGAGGAGGGGGAGGAGGAGGGGUUGGAGGUGAGCGGCGAGGGCUCCACCCAGUGGUGGUGUCGGGAGGAAGCCGACGUUGAGCCCUGGAGAAGCUCUGAGCCUACCGAAAACUCGGAGGAGGAGGAGCGGGGGGAGGUGGUGGAGGAGGAGGAGGAGGACCCCGACUUUGUGCCGCGAGGGGAAAAGCGAGGGGGGGCGAGGAGGGGGAGGAGGAAGAGCGGUGGGAGGCGCGGUGGAGUCGCGGGCAGGAGAGAAGGUGGAGGAGUCGGAAGGAGCGCAGCCACCGCUGAGCGCAGUCACCGCUGCCACCUCUGUGACCGGAUCUUCGGCUCCGUCACGCUUCUACGCAACCACAUCAACACCCACACCGGCACGAAGCCGCACCAGUGCUCCGAGUGUGCGAUGGCGUUUGUAACCAAGGGCGAGUUGGUGCGGCACGGCCGCUACGUUCACACAGGGGAGAAGCCCUUCAAGUGCUCAGCGUGCGAGUACACCAGCGUCGAGGUGAGCAUGAUGAAGCGCCACAUGCGGUCGCACACUGGCGAGCGUCCGUUCCAGUGCAGCAUGUGCAGCUACGCCAGCAAGGACGCCUACAGACUCAAGCGGCACAUGAGGACGCACUCCGGAGAGAAGCCGUACGAGUGCCCAGUGUGCCGGGCGCGGUUCACUCAGAAGAGCUCCAUGAAAUCCCACGUGCAGCAGAAGCACACGGAGGAGGGGGCCGCUCCACGCUUUCCCUGCCCGCACUGCGACGCUGUCACGGCACGCAAGAGUGACCUGGGCGUGCAUCUGCGCAAGCAGCAUGCGCUGGUGCGUCGUGGCCUGCGCUGCCGCUACUGCGCGGCCACCUUCCACGAGCACUUUGCCCUCAUGCAGCACCAGCGCUGCCACCACCACGAGAAGCACUUCAAGUGCGACCGCUGCCAGUACGCCUGCACGCAGGAGCGACACAUGAUAGCUCACAAGCGAUCUCACACGGCCGGGAAGCCGUUCGACUCGGCCCAACUCCCCAUAGACGACAAGGAGGGGAGGCGGGAGGAGGAGGAGGUGGCGGAGGCGGAGGUGGUGGUGAAGGUCAAAGUAGAGGUGGAAGAGCAGAGUCAGGAGGAGGUGGAAGAUUCCGAACCACCCUCUGCGAAGCGACGGCCCACCCCGCCGUCCAAAGCCAGACGAGGCCGACCGGCAAAGUCCAAACAAUAACCAGGCGAGACCUUGGCAGCAGAUCUGGAAGAACGCUGCCGCUGCAGCUGUGCAACCAGAGUGGAACGACGCGGACGUCCAGAAUGAACUGAACUAAAAAGUAUUAAAACUUUUUAUUUUAUUUUACCAGCCGUAAGGCCCCACCGAGCUGCUGUGUAGUAGCUCUUUUUUUAGAAGUGACCUGACUAUCACAAAUGAUAGCAGCUCAACAGAGUGAGUGGCUGUUUAUCAUCAUCAUCAUCACGUGGACAUUUUUUAGCAGCAGCUAAAUAACUAUAUAAACACGUAGAGACGUUGACUCUGAAAAGUGGAGGGGAAAAGAAACCGGUGGACCCCCUGGAGAAAAAUCUACGCGACCACCACGGAGAAGAGGAGAGACACCGCCAACUCCAAAUAUACAGCAACAGGCGUCGGGGUAGGGUCUGAAACCCACGGCCUCCUGUGCACCAGGCAAGGUAGUCAACAUCUCCGAGCCCACCGUCGCGCUCACCCUCGGGACCCGGACAUCCAAGGGCACCUCCUGGCUCUUUGACAUUCCACCUCACCUCCUCCACGGGGAUGCCGGUCGGUGGGAAACAUCGACCUCGUCGGAGCGUCGACAGGCUGCUUGCGCUGCUGUGGUCAUGCAACUCCUCCGAGCAUGUAGACCGUUAGUAGUAGGUUUUUACCCUUUAAACUGGUACAAAACUUACACCUUUAUACAAGGCAUCAUGUUUGCAAUAACCACAACACAAGCAGUCAAAAUGCAAACAAAAGAAACAACUCUGAUAAUGAUAAUAAUAUGCACUGUCCUUGAAGUUGAUUGGUCCACACCCGAGACAGCUUUCCUUAGAGCCUAGUCUCCAUUGCUGUUGAACCAGAUGACACCAAAAGGCGUACAACUCAAAAAUUAUCAGAGUUGUUUCUUUUAGUUUGCAUUUUGACUACUUGUGUUGUGGUUAUUGCAAACAUGAUCCCUUGUAUAAAGGUGUCAGUUUUGUACCAGUUUAAAGGGUAACAACCUACUACUAUAUUUUGCCACUGGUAAAGGAGGUCUCAUAGUGUACAUGUGGACCGUUGUCAUUAUAUAAACCUCGGUGGGUGUGCGCUACUUCGACGGAGGAGGGGAAUAGCAACACUGCACAAACUCUCCUAAAAACGCUGAAUCGGCACGGUAGGGGCGACGUACGGUGUGAAAGAAGUUCAACAUACUGUACACGCAUACACAGAGACCCACAGAUACCCAGACCCAUAGAGACACCCUGACCCCUAGAGACCCACAGAUUAGCACGGUUGGGCUAUGUAUGGUGCGACAGAAGUUCAACAUACUGUACACACACAGCCACUCACACCCAUAGAGACCCACAGAUUACUACGGUUGGGGCCACGUACGGUGUGAAAGAAGUUCGAUGUACAUAUAUCAUAGCUAGCAGACCUCGACAUUGCACUCAGUUUCCGAACAUAUUGCUGCCAUACGCAAGAAUAUAAUCAUGAGUAAGUGAAUGCAUUAGGUGUGUAAGCUAAUAAACGAGUGAAUGGGUAUUUGGGUGAGCUCCUGGACGAGCGAGUUGAGUGAAUGGGGGAAGGGGAGUGAGGGGGAUGAGUGGAUGGGUGGUUCAUAAAAUUAUGGAAUGGGUCCUUGACAGCAAACCGAUAGAAGAGGGUUCAUCAGUAUCCAUAAUCGAGCUUUUUUUGGGUAAGAUCGUGUUAAGUAUAAAUGUGUCGUUAAACCCGCCACCACCCGACACAGGCAAUUAGUAAGGUUUGUCACUUAAAGAAAACGUGGCAAUUUGUGACGUGUUUUCUUUACGUGACAAACCUUAAUCAUUUGCCUGUGGCGGGUUUAAUUAUAUAUAUCUAACCCAAAAACACCUCGGUGAUGCAUACUAUUGGUCGCGAAAGGCUUCCGUGUUGAACCAAACUUUUUUAUUUUCAUCAGGUAAGGCCCACUGAGAAACUGUAUGUAAAAGCGCUUUUUCAGAAGCAACCUGGUAAUCGAAAAUUAUAAUAGCUCAAUCAAGUGGCUUAUCAUCACUUGGGCAUUUAUAGCAGAACACAUCUAUCAUGCAAUACUGUUGGUCGCGAAAGCCCUACUACUACGACAUACCUGGCAACCCCUCAUCAGUGCCCUACCUUAUCACAGACCAAUUCAGACCUUAUUGGUCACCCCGUGCACUUAGAAAUCUCAACGUUCAUCCUACAAGGGAGAACACAGACAUUUUUUGUUACCUGUAUUGAAAUGGCACUAUACCGUUUGGACCUGAAAACUCAAUGUCCCUGUGCAAGAAGAAUACGGGGUAAACCGUAUGGGUUGACGGGUAUGCCAAUCAGUUUCUAAGACAAUGCAUAUCCAUCUUCUUGGUUCUUUCGGUAAAGUCACGUAGAAGGGAAAUAAUGAAAAUAAAACAUAAUAAAAUACAAUUCUCACGACGUAUCGGCCACAACGCAAG